CCACGGCCACCACCGUCCCCCCCGGUGCCACCGCCGCCACCCCCCCCGGUGGUGCCCCUGGACAUGGCCCCGGACGCCUUCGAUGACCAGUACCGGGGCUGCGGCCGCGCCAUGACCGCGGCGCUGCCGGCGCUCAGCCGCUCCGAGCUCCGGCGGAGCGGUCACUUCGCCGAGGGCUGGGCUCUGGCCGCGGCCGAGUGGCGCGUCCGAUAACGUCCCCCGGCUCCCCUCGGUCCCCUCUGUCCCCAGCAGGCCACCGCCCUGCUGGCCUACACGGCGCCGGUGCCGCUCCACCGGACCUUCAACGCGGCCGUCGCGCGCGCCGGGCGCUCCCGCCGGGAAUACCGGGACGAGUUCCACUUCAAGGCGCUGCACUUCCUGCUGACCGACGCCCUGGCCGCGCUGAGGGCCGCCGGGGGCCCCGGGUGCCACCGCGCGUUCCGCGGGGUGCGCGGGGUCCGCUUCGAGGCGCGGCCGGGCCGGACGGUGCGGUUCGGCCACUUCGCGUCGGCGUCGCUGCGGAACGAGAGCUCCUGGAGCUUCGGCACGGACGCGGCGUUCCAGGUGGACACGUGCCAGGGCGCGCCCAUCCGGGAGUUCUCCUUCUUCCCGCACGAGGACGAGGUGCUGAUCCCGCCCUUCGAGACCUUCGAGGUCACCGAUGUCACCCGGGCGAGAGGGUGGACGCGGAUCCGGCUCCGCUCCGCCGGCGCCCACAGCAACUACAACUGCGAGUGGCUGCGAGAGCAGCGCUGCGGGGACCGGCCCUGUGUGUUCGACGCGGGUGGGAGCAUCCCCAGGGACCCUCCCCACCUCGAGGGGCUCCUCCUGGCCACCGUGGCCCUGGCAGUGGCCACCGGGACCCUCUGAGCCACCAGGGCCACCGUGGCCACCAAGGACACCGAGGACACGAGGACCUCCUGAGCGACGAGGCCACCGCUGUGCCACUUG